UGCCUGUCAGCGCUCCCCAGGGGGUGGGGGCUCGGUGGUCUCGGUCUGACGGUGCGGCCCGGCGUCUUCCCAGCGGCGUCUCUUAGCGCGGCGGUGUCCGGGACUGCGGCGGACAUGGGGUGCCGUGGCGGGGUGCUCUGGUCCCUGGAGGUGGCGGUGCUGGUUACAUCGGCUUGUCUUGCCAGUGUAAGUGGAGAUGAAUUUAGUGUCUUACGAUCACCUCAGUCAGUUGUUUUUCGAGAUGGAAGUUGGCCCAUUCCUGGUGAGCGGAUCCCAGAUGUAGCUGCAUUGUCUAUGGGCUUUUCUGUUGAAGAGGACCUUUCCUGGCCUGGCCUUGCAGUGGGUGAUCUGUUUCACAGACCACGAGCUACUGUGCUGGUAACUGUGAAGGGAGUGGACAAGCUGGCACUGCCUGUGAAAGGGGUUUCUUACCCUAUUGAGAAUGCUGUUCCUUUCAGUCUUGACAGUGUUGCAAAUGCUAUUCAUACUUUGUUCUCUGAGGAGACUCCUGUGGUCUUGCAGCUGGCCCCCAGUGAGGAAAGGGUAUACAUGGUGGGUAAGGCAAACUCUGUAUUUGAAGAUCUGUCUGUCACACUGCGCCAACUGCGAAACCGCUUAUUCCAGGACAACUCUAUUCUCGGCUCCCUUCCUCUCAACUCCCUCAGCAGAAACAAUGAGGUUGACUUGCUUUUUCUGUCAGAACUACAAGUCCUACAUGAUAUUGCAAGCCUGCUGUCUCGACACAAGCACUUAGCCAAAGAUCACUCUCCAGACCUGUAUUCUCUGGAACUGUCUGGUUUGGAAGAGGUUGGAAAACGAUAUGGGGAAGACUCUCAGCAGUUCAAGGAUGCUUCUCAAAUUCUUGUAGACUCUUUGCAAAAGUUUGCAGAUGAGAUGUUUAAUCUGUAUAGUGGGAAUGCAGUAGUAGAAGUGGUAGCUGUAAAGGCGUUUAAUUCUCCCAACAUAAGGAAGACUCGCUCAAUUCUCCAAUCUUCACAGAGUGAAUCAGACAAUCCAUAUAACCUUGCCUACCCAUAUAACUACAACUACUCCGUAAUCUUCAACAUUAUUUUGUGGAUGAUGAUAGGUCUUGCUUUAGCUGUGAUAGUUAUCUCCUACAACCUCUGGAACAUGGAUCCUGGCUACGACAGCAUUAUUUAUAGGAUGACAAAUCAGAAGAUAAGAAUGGAUUGAACUGCACUCUGUUUCAGUGCAAGGAAAUGAUGAAGAGUAAGGUCUCCUUUCAGCUGUCUGGAAAACAAAUAUUCUGACAUGGUUAAUUGUGGAAUUUUUUAAAGGUGUAUUUAUUUUUAAGUAUUUUUUUCCCUCUUAAGCUUAUUUUAAAUGUCAGUAGUAGCAUCAGAUGGGGUUUAGAAAUUGAAAACUGCUUGUUAAAAAACCCCAACAAACCAACAACAAUCAAUCCCCAAGGUAAUUGUUAUUAAAGUAACAUCAUUCCUUUUUUUUAUGUGACAUGAGUUUUUGAAAUACCCUGUACUGCCUGUGACUGUGUGCAAACCAGAUGAAAUUAUGAUAGCAACAUGUUGUUUGAAACUUUUACACUGGAAGAUUAGAAACUAUAGCUAAAUUCUUGUGUUGUAUAUUAUGAACCAGUUGUAAAUGUUUGAUGUAAAUAUUUAUAAUGGCUAUAUGUAACUUCAGAGAGGAUAGUAAUUAUUCUUUAGUAAUAUGCUAAAUAUAGAAAUAUUUCUACAAGACUACAAUGCUAGUGGCACAAAUGGCAUUUUGAUUUCAUGUUGGUGGCUCAGAUGUGAGCUGUAGUCAGAAGGAUCCUUUACCUAGAACUUGAAUGAUUUGGAGGUAAAUAACACUAGUGUGGCUGGACUGUACAGUGGAGAGUCUAUAAAUACUGAAGUAGCACCAGUCUGAUCAUGGUCUCAUAUCAUGUACAGUUGAAAGUUCCUAUUAUGACGCUUUAUAUUCCUUCCAUUUGUGUUGAUGUUAUUAUAAAAAAAAAAAAUUCUUUUUGAUGGUAAGAGUGGACCAACACUUGAUUGAAAUACACCUGGCUUAUAGUCCUGCUUCAACCAGUCAAUAAAAUAAAGAACAGUUGUUCUUGAAUGCAUUUAUUCUUUGUGGCUUCAUAGGUGUAGCUACUUGUAUUUACUAUAUGCUGAAUAGAGUUUGUGCUGGCAGCCUCCUAUAUGUGACACUGGGCCCAAGUCUGUAACAGUUUUAAUUGUCUUUCAGAAGCAAAUGUUGAAGGAGCACCUUGUAUGGACUAAUUUCCCUAAACCAAAUAAUGAGCGUAGUUAAACCAAGUUAAUAUCUGUCCUGAAUCUUUUGUAGAACUACCUACUUUUUUAGAAACUCAUUUGCUCUUGUGGUAAAAGGAAUUCUUCUGGACUACAGCAGUGUGAAUGGAAACUGCUUUUUUCAUCUUGUCGUUCUUUAAUGUGCUUAACUUUCCUUACUGUUGGGAGAUAUUUGUUCCGCUACCGGAAAAGAUCUGUUCAUUGAAUUAAUUUGCCUUGUUUACUGGGAAUGUCAGGUUUGGAGAUACUGAAGUUGUUUGUAUUGUGGUGAUUCUGGCUACUGCUUCAUGAUUGGUUUGAUUAACAUGCUGCAGCUUUACCGAA